AUGCGAGGCGGCGGUGACGCCGCGGAUGACGGGAAGCGAGGUUUAGCUGCACACGAGGACGCCAGAGCCCUGGUGAGGCUCAUCCAGUGCCCCCAAUGCUCACGGCCUUUCAGGACUCCGGUCACUCUUCCUUGCGGCCAUUCUCUCUGUCGACAAUGCCUUCCGGAGCCAUACCAAAGGCAAAACAUAUCAUAUCCCGCUACUCAGGACCGUUUGUAUGGAAUACAAUGCCCGUUACCGUAUUGCACAAAAGAACACCCCGUUGGAGAUUGCACCGUCGAUGUGACCUUAUCCAAGGUCAUGGAGUCGAUUAACGCAGUUGUGGAAUCGAGUCGCUCCGCCGCAGAACAUUCCCCAAUCAUACUCGAAGAGAUACCCUACCCGGACACACCCAUGACUGAAAAUGAAAAGAGCGUGGUGGAACCAAGGUCGAUGACCCUCUACGGAGGUCGUCUGAUAGCGACAUUCAUACUGGCUGAGAAGGGCUUGUUGGAUAUCAAGGCACAAGUGUCAUAUACUUCAUUGGCGGAGGACGGAAGCGAUUACCAUGAUAUCGACGAAGACAUCCUGGACAGAUUGAGGGAGGGUACGCACAAGGAACUGGAUUGUCAUGUUUGCUAUAACAUGCUUCUGGAUUCUGUCACGACGUCCUGUGGCCAUACGUUCUGCCGGAAUUGUCUUGCUCGAGCCCUUGAUCAUACGAACCAUUGCCCGGUCUGCCGACGCGCCUUGACCAUACCACCCUCUCUCGGGGGUCAACCAAGUAAUGCUUGCUUGGACUCGCUCCUGAACAAUCUCUGCCCGGAACUCGUCGCCGCCCGCGAAGAAGCUGUACAGAUGGAAGAGCACGGCGCACCCGAGUUCGACGUCUCUUUAUUCGUCUGCACUCUCAGCUUUCCCGCAAUGCCUACCUUCUUGCACAUCUUCGAGCCCCGCUACCGCCUCAUGAUCAGACGCGCAAUGGAGGGCAACGGUCAGUUUGGUAUGCUGAUGUACAAUCGGUCUGCCUCAAACCAGGGCAACCUUGGCCCCACUCAGUUCAGGGAAUACGGCACAAUGCUUCAGAUCGUAAAUAUCCAGAUGUUGCCCGAUGGUCGGAGUUUGGUCGAGACGAAAGGUCUUACUCGCUUCAAAGUCAGGGGCUACGCGCCGCAUGACGGAUACAUCAUCGGGAGCGUGGACCGCGUCGAGGACGUGAGCCUUGCGGAAGAAGAGCGUCUCGAGGCCGAAGAGAUUAGCGCCGCGCUCGCAGAACAGGAAAGGCGGCGGCUGGAGCAGCAAGCGCAGGGCUCAACCACCUCCGUCAACGCGAAUGACGCCGCGGCCAUUAGCAGUCUCUCGACGCGUGAUUUGCUACUCAUCGGCGUCAACUUCAUCGAACGGAUGCGUGCCAAUAGCGCGCCAUGGCUACACCAACGCAUUUUGGAUGCAUAUGGUGGACCACCGGACGACCCUGCCUUGUUCCCGUAUUGGUUCGCGAGCAUCCUGCCUAUCGCCGAGGAAGAGAAAUACCUACUACUGAAGACUACCAGCGUAAGAGAGAGGCUGAAGAUCGUGGUGGGAUGGAUCAGAAGAAUUGAGAGCCAACGGUGGUGA